AUGCUCGUCAACCGCUCCACCCCUGACUGUACAGAGGUAACCCCCGAUUGUCCCGUAUCAGGGUCCAUCUACGGUUACGCCCCCAACAUCGCAGCAAGCUAUGCAUUCGCCAUAAGCUUCGGGCUCUGUGCCCUAAUACAAUUCAUCCAAAUGCUCAAAUGGCGCAUGUGGUCCUUCGGUAUAGCAGUUAUUCUCGGUGCUAUAUCGGAAGUCAUCGGCUACAUCGGCCGCAUAAUUCUCCACUCCAACGCCUACUCCUCCGCCGGUUUCGAGACCCAAAUCUGCACCCUAACAAUGGCCCCCGCAUUCUGGUCCGCCGCAAUCUACCUAACCCUAAAGCACGAAGUAAACGUGCUAGGCCCAAAAUUCUCGCCACUCAAGGCGAAAUGGUACCCCUACAUCUUCGUGACCUGCGAUCUUAUCUCGUUGUCCUUGCAAGGUGCGGGCGGUGGACUCGCGGCUACGGCGACGACUAGCCAGGGCAGUGCGAUUGGAAGUAAUGUUAUGAUGGCGGGAAUUGUGUGGCAGGUCGCUACGUUGUCAGUUUUUGGGGGUCUUUCGGUGUUGUUUUUUUUGAGGGUUAAGAGGACGCCGAAGUAUCAGCUUGAGGGGGAGGCGAAGAAGGUUUGGGAGAGUCGAAGGUUUUGGGGGUUUUGUGCGGGGAUUGUGGUUUGUUUUAUUAUGACUUUUGUGAGGUGUGUUUAUCGUAUUGCGGAGAUGGCGGGAGGUUGGAGGAAUAAGAUCAUGCAAGAUGAAGUUGGAUUCAUCGUUUUUGAGUCUGCGAUGUGUGCUGUGGCGGUUGCGGUGCUUUGCAUCGCCCAUCCAGGGUAUUGCUUUAAGCAAAUGCGUGGAGAAACACCCAAAUCGACUGUGGAGGAUACUGUUCUUCUGGAGCAAAAGACCGAGUACAACGGCGGCCAU